AUGAAUGAUCUGCCCUUUGCCCUGUUGUGUCUGCUGCUGGCGGUGCUGUUGUUGGCCGACGCCGUGCUCUCGGAGCCGAUGCGCGGCGGUAAGCGGGGGCGCGGGAAGAAGCGGCCGCACAAACAGCGCCGUCCGCACAGACACCGCAAGCGGCCCCACGUCCACCAGCUGGUCUACACGGCCACCACCGAGCAGUACCAGCCGCAGCCGGAGGUCAGCUACGGCCCGCCCAAGACCAGCUACGGCCCGCCCAAGACCAGCUAUAAGGACUACCAGGCUCCACAGAAUACUUACGAGGCGCCGACUACUAAAACACCCAGUUACCAGGCACCCCAAAGCAACUACCAAGCUCCACAGAAUAGCUACCAGGCACCCAGCACCCAGGCACCUAGCUACCAGGCACCGCAGAACAAUUACCAAGCUCCUCAGAACAGCUACCAGGCGCCCACCACCAAAAAACCUAGUUACCAGGCGCCAACAAACGACUACCAAGCUCCACAGAACAGUUAUCAGGCGCCAACCACUAAAAGGCCCAGUUACCAGGCGCCGCAAAACAACUAUCAAGCUCCACAGAAUAGUUACCAGGCACCCAGCACCCAGGCACCCAGCUACCAGGCACCGCAGAACACUUAUCAAGCUCCCCAGAACAACCAGGCGCCCACCACUAAAACGCCCAGUUACCAGGCACCCAGCUACCAGGCACCACAGAAUAAUUAUCAAGCUCCUCAGAAUACCUACAAGGCGCCCACUACCAAUAAACCUCGUUACCAGGCGCCAACAAACAGCUACCAAGCUCCACAGAACAGCUACCAGCUACAGCAGAGGAACAGCUACUUCCAACACGCGGUCGCAUGA